GCUCUUUUCUAUAGAAUUAGAAUAGGCACCUAGUUAAAACGAAGGUCAAAAAUGUUUUUUGGUUUUGUUUACAAAAAGAAAAUAUAACUUAUAGCCUAAUCUAACAAACAAUGACAUCAUUAUAUCUAUUGACAAUGUAGGUCAUAUAAAUAAUGACGCUUUUCAUUAGUCAAUAUGGGUUAAAGAAAUUAAAUAACAUUAAAAAUCAUGUCAACCUAAUAACAAGAUGUCUGAGUGCCAAGCAAACAGCUAAAGCUCUUCGUCCAUUUUACUUUAGUGUUCAUCCAGAUUUCUUUGGCAAAUAUCCUCAGGAACAGGCUGUGAAUCAAGAGUCUUUAAAGAUAUUACAUGAAUAUAUAACAUGUCAACAAAAAGUUGUUAAAACUAAACCAGCUCAAGUUACAUUUUAUAUUAGAUCUCGGUAUACAAACUCUAAAGAAUUAAAACGAGUGGAUUUUAAUUUAAUGGGUAAAAGUGUACGGAAUACUGUCAUUACUGUAUUGGAGAGAUGUGAUUUACCUUUAAGUUAUAUUAAUACCAUACCUAAAGAUUCUUCACAAGGUGAUUCUAACGAGUUUUCACGACCAAUUAAAUGGCAUCCAUCUUUUUAUGCUGCUACUGGGAAGAAGCCUCCACCUGGUGAGGCAUUCUCUCAACCCACCAUAGAGGUUACUUUAAGAUCAUGGUUGCGGAAGAAUAUUGACAAUAUUCGUACAUUAGAAGAAUCGACUACUGCUGUACAAGAUGAUAUUAAUAAAUUACGUUGUCAGCUUAUUGAUCAUCUGGAAUUAAAAGAUAUUCGGUGGGAAAGUUUUUGGGGAUUUUCCCACUUCAGAGGCUGUUUAAAGGGAUUUUAUUUGUUAUAUAAAGAACAUCCUACCCAAGUUAAAGAAACUUUAAAAGGAAGAACAUUAGUUUUUGGUAAUAAUUCUGGUGUUAGUCUCCAUGGUGAUGUAGUCUUAAGUGGAGAAGAUGUCAGAGCUGAUUGGAUAAAAAUUCUGCGUUCAGUAAGUGCCUACGAUGCUGUUUUAGAACGGUUGCCUUAUAUGGAAAAAAAACUUUCUGAACUCUUAAAUAAUAUUCAAGUAGUGCGACGAAAACAUUAUCACCAUAUUACAAUGGCGGAUGAAUAUGAAGUGUUAUUAAAUAAAUUACUGAAUACUUUAAGAAGAAGUCAGGUUUUAAGUGAGAAGUGGUUAGGCGAUGAAAGUUUAUCUGAUGUACAGAUUGUAGUAGAAGGAGAAUCUGGUCCGUUGGCGUUGUCUAAUACAGGACAGUUCUUGUUACCAGCAUCUGUUCCUGGCUCGCUUAUAGUAGAAUUUAUAGCUAAAAAUAAAGAACAGGGUAGUUAUACACUUAAACAGAAUAUGAGCUAUAGAUUAUAUGAAGAAAAGGCCAUUGAAGAAUGUAAACAACAUUUAGAGUUAAAAGAAAUCAGUAAAGAUGAGAAUAUAACAUGUGAACAGAUGAUAACCUGUUGUGAACGACUAGUUACAGAAUACUGGAAAUUAGGACUUUUAUUGACUGACACCAGAUUGAAUAUAUCACAUUAUUAUUCUAUGAUGCAAGACGGUAAAAUAUGUAUUCCGUGGAAUUGUAAGAUGGAUGAAUGAGAAUGAAGUGAAACUUGUAGUUGAUAAAGUACUUAGUGAUUUUUAUCAGACUUUUAUUUCAUUUUUUAAAAAAAUGUUUCAGGUGAUUGAAAAUCUUACCUCUGUGAUAAUAUGUAAAAUAAAAGCUUUCAGACUUUU